CCGGGCGGUCGGACGGGCAGGCGCCGUUCGGAGUCGGGCCGUUCCUGCUGAGCGAUCUGAAGUGUUCCGUUCCCCCGGGACCGGAACGGGAGCGGGUGGGGGCGCAGGCCCCGGGGAUGCUGGGCUCGGUGAAGAUGGAGGCCCAUGACCUGGCCGAGUGGAGCUACUACCCCGAGGCGGGCGAGGUCUACUCCCCGGUGACCCCAGUGCCCACCAUGGGCCCCCUCAACUCCUACAUGACCCUGAACCCCCUGAGCACUCCCUACCCCCCGGGGGGUCUCCCUGCCUCUCCACUGCCCUCUGGACCCCUGGCGCCCCCAGCCCCCGCAGCCCCCCUGGGGCCUACCUUCCCAGGCCUGAGUGCCGGUAGCAGUGGGGGCAGCAGCUCCGGGUAUGGGGGCCCAGGCCUGGGGCUGGUGCAUGGGAAGGAGCUGGCGAAAGGGUACCGACGGCCCCUGGCCCACGCCAAGCCGCCCUAUUCCUACAUCUCGCUCAUCACCAUGGCCAUCCAGCAGGCGCCGGGCAAGAUGCUGACGCUGAGCGAGAUCUACCAGUGGAUCAUGGACCUCUUCCCCUACUACCGGGAGAACCAGCAGCGCUGGCAGAACUCCAUCCGCCACUCGCUGUCCUUCAACGACUGUUUCGUCAAAGUUGCACGCUCCCCGGACAAGCCGGGCAAGGGCUCCUACUGGGCCCUGCACCCCAGCUCAGGGAACAUGUUCGAGAACGGCUGCUACCUGCGCCGCCAGAAGCGCUUCAAGCUGGAGGAGAAAGUGAAGAAAGGAGGCAAUGGGACCUCCACUGGGAGGAACGGCACUGGGUCUGCCACCACCACUGCCGCCACCGCUGCUGCCACUGCUGCCUCCCCGCCACCGCAGCCCCACCCUCCGCCCCCCGAGCCUGAGGUCCAGGGUGGGGAAGAUGUGGGGGCCCUGGACUGUGGCUCACCCACUUCCUCCACCCCCUACUUCACGGGCCUGGAGCUCCCAGGGGAGCUGAAGUUGGACGCACCCUACAACUUCAACCACCCUUUCUCCAUCAACAACCUGAUGUCGGAACAGACACCAGCGCCUCCCAAACUGGACGUGGGGUUUGGGAGCUAUGGGGCUGAAGGUGGGGAACCCGGGGUCUACUACCAGGGGCUCUAUUCCCGGUCUCUGCUUAAUGCAUCCUAGCAGGGGAGAUGGGAGCAUGGUGGGUGGGGUAUGGCUGUAGCUCACACCAUCAGGCUUUCAGGGCCUGAUCCUCCUGGUUGACACUUUGCUUGUCCCACGAGUUAACAUCUUGGUUGGUCUCCUGCUAACUGUGAUGACUGCCGUCUUUGAAGGCAUCCUGUUGAUCCGCUGGGUACUGUGAUGACCACCAUUGCCACAAUCUUGGUUGGCCCAUUGGGUACCGUGAAGACUGUCAUGUUGAUUGAUAUUAUUGGUUGAUCCAUUGGGUGCUUUGAUGGCCACCAUCUAGGGUGACGUCUUGGUUGGUCCUUUUGGGUGCUGCGAUGGCCAUCUUUUUGGCUGACACUUUGGGUGUGAUGGCGAUACGAUUUCAAUUACGUCUUUCUUUGGCCCAUUGGGUACUGUGAUCACUUCUUUCUUGGUGGAUUUCUUGGCACAGUAGGAGCCAAACUGGCCGCCAUCCUGCAUAACAUCUCUUUUGGCCCACUGGGCGCUUUGAUAUCAGUGGACUAUUGUGCACCACGAUAACACAGCCCCUGUGUUGGCCAUGCCAUUAGCGUCUUUUUGGUGUGGGUUGUGUGGAGGACAGAGAUGGGAAUACUCCUUGGUUUUCUCUGGAGCCCAUCCCCCUCCUCUGGUCCAGGAGAAAGGAGAAGGGGCUGGUUAGGGAGUGGGGAAUUUCUACUGAAGUCUGGUUCUUGCCUGGGAAGCGGGAUACUGGCUGUGUUUGACCAUUAAAGGCACCGUUUCCGCCUCUUUCUGCAUGUCUCUUUUCCUCGGCAGAUGAGCCCUGUGGGGCUUGAACACCUGAAUUUCUGUUCUCCUGUCCCCUCUCCUUCCUGCUCCUAAGAGCUCUGGGGGAGCGGGCAGAGGCAUCGACCUGACCUUUGGCUCUUUGCUGUCCCUGACCCCAAGGACAGUUUGUUCAAAGAUAGCAGCCCCCGCAGUGUGGGGCCAGAGCAGCAGGGGGAGGUGGCUCUAUGGUGACCAAGGCCAUCUCCCCACCCCCAUUUCGCAGACACACACCUCUAGUCUGUCUCUCAGGAUCAGGGAGCCUGGGGGUUACUCAAUUUUUGAUUAAGCUGGGUAGGAGAGAAAGGGACAGAUGAGGUGUUAAUUGAAGAACUGGAGACAGUGUGUGUAUUGGCAUUGAUCUAUGUGUGUGUGAUGCCAUGUGGUGUGUGUCUGUCUGUCCAAGUGUGUUUUUGUGUGUGUUGUGAGGGCCUCUGUGGAUCACAAGAUAUCACUAUACCCAUUGGGGUCCCUGUGGUCUACCACAAGGUGUUUGCUGUUGUUUGUAUCCCUCGAUUGUGUGGGGAAGACUUCAGUCUCUGGGUGUGUGUGUCAGUUGAACCUCUGGGUGUGUGCUUCUGUGGGUAUCUUGGGAUAUCAGGGCUUGCAUAUGUGUCUUCAUUGUUUUGUGUUUGUGGUUCUCUUUGGACACCAAUCUCUGGGUCCCUCUUGGGUCUCACAAGGUUAGGUGUCUGUCUCGGUAUGUCAGUUUGUCUGGACACCCACGGCCUCAAAGAGUAUGUGUGUGACUGCAUUCAGGUUGUGGGUCUGCCUGUCAUUGUGUGUCUUAUGUGUAUCUCUGGGAGUCAACGUAUGUCCAUGUGCUUAAGACCAAGUACGUGUGUGUGUGUGUCUGCCAUUUUGUGCCUCCCUGUGUGUGGAGGGUCAACCCACCCUAGAGGGUAUCUGUCUCUCUUGGGGGUGGGUAUGUGACGAGGGGAUUUUGGCGGUGGGACCUAGGUGUCUCUGUUCCCCUGGUCUCUCCCUAGACUCUGAGUCAGUUUCUCUGUCCCCAGGUGUUCUGAGAGAGUGGCUCUCUAGGAAACACAACUGUGUACUUCACCCCCCUUAUUUCACAGAGUGGAGACUGAAGCCCAGAAUGGGAAGGGGCUGAGCCAAGUCUUUCAGCGUGGCAGGAGCAGGUGGGCAGGGCUGGUGUGAUGUUGGCCAUACCAUUACUGGCUCUUUGGUGGGGGUUGGGUGGGGGAUGGAAAUGGGAAUACUCCCUUUGCCUUUGCCUUUCUUGGUGGUUGGCUCUCUAGCCACUCAUUCAUUCAUUCAACCAGCCAUUCAAAGACCAAAGACUUUGCUUAUCCACCUGUGUGUCUGUGUAUAUGUGUGUGAUGUGUGCAUGUGUGGCAUGUGAUGUAUGUGGUGUGUGUUUGUGAUAUGUGUGUAUGUGGCAUGCGUGGUGUGUAUGAUGUGUCUAUGUGAUGUGUGGUGCAUGUGUGUGUGGUGUGAUACGUGUGUUUGGUGUGUGAUGUGUGUGGUAUGUCUGUGAUGUGGGGUGUGUGAUGUGUGUCAUGAGUUUGUGGUGUGUGUGUGGUGUGUGUCUAUGUGACGUGUAUGUGGUGUAUGUGUGUGUGGUGUGAGUGUAUGGUGUGUAUGUGAUAUGUGUGGUGUCUUACGGGUGCAAUGUGUGUGGCAUGUGUGAUGUAUGUGGUGUGUGAUGUGUGUGGUGUGUAUGGUGUAUGUGUGGUGUGAUGUGUGUGUGGUGUGUGUGGGGUGUGGUAUGUGUGAUGAAUGUGUGUGAUGUGUGUAUGUGGUGUGUGUGAUAUGUGUGGUGUGUGUGAUAUGUGUGUAUAUGAUAUGUGUGGUGUGUAUGAUGUGUGUGACUAUGUGAUGUGUGUGUGGUAUGUGUGUGAUAUGUGUGUAUACGUCUGGUGUAUGUGUGUGAUGUGGAGUGUGUGAUGUGUGUCGUGAGUUUGUGGUGUGUGUGUGGUAUGUGUGACGUGUAUGUGGUGUAUGCGUGUGUGGUGUAAGUGUAUGGUGUGCGUGUAUGUGAUAUGUGUGGUGUCUUAUGGGUGCGAUGUGUGUGCCAUGUGUGAUAUAUGUGGUGUGUGUGUGCUAUGCGUGUGGGGUAUGUGUGGUGUGAUGUGUGUGGGGUGUGGUGUGUGUGAUGUAUGUGGUGUGUGUGUGAUAUGUGUGUAUGUGGAGUGUGUGGUGUGGUGUGAUGUGUGUGUGGCAUGUGUGGGGUGUGAUGUGUGUGGUACGUGUGGCAUGUGAUGUGUGUGUGGUAUGUGGUAUGUGUGUGUGACGUGUGCCUGACGUGUGUGGUGUGUGUGUGUGGCAUGUGUGAUGUGUGUACUGUCUCUCCCAGUUUCCAUGUGUCCAUCUAUCUCCUUAUCUUAUUAUAGUGUCAUCUCUGUGUCACUGUGUCUCUGACCCUCUCUGGGGCCUUUCUCUCUGCCCCUUGGUUUCUUUGUUUAUAGUGCUCCAUCCCUCUCUGACUUGUCUUCUGUCUGUGUCUCUGAUUCUUUCUCUGUGUCGCUUUGACUCUGUCGUUCCCUUUCCCUGGGACUCUGCCUCCUUCUCUUGGGGGCUCUGUCUCUUCCUCUCUGGGGUCUGUCUCCUUCCUUGGAUCUCUGGUCUCUCCCUGCUCUCUCUGGCCGCCUUCUUUCUCUCCGGCUCCCCUAGUUUCUGCCUGUACCUGCCACCACAGGCUGCCGGGCCCUCUAUUUCUGUCGCUGUGCCUGC